GGCCCCUCCUUUCUUUUUCAAUACACCGGUCAGCUUAUAAAUAUAUCCAUCCUCCCAACAUUACAUCACAGGUGUUUUUUGAAAUAUUUGGCCCCGUUAUCUUUACUAUCAGUCCCCCAACAAAGCCCAGCUUUUUUCGGGCCAGCUUGCAUCUCACCUCUGUUUGCACUCCCCAGUUUCCAGGUAGUGCCGACACCGAAAUACCCUGAUUACUAAUUGUUCAGAUCCCCCUAAGAACAGCUUGACACCCGUCGAAAUAGUCCCCAUCCACAAUAUCUCUAUCCUGCCCACCUCCCGCUCCCAAAUGACCGAUAUCAAGAGAAACAUCUCCGACGUGACGGUCGACCUGCCCUCCUCUGGCUCCUUCUCCCCCGAGUCCCACAACGACAAGAAGCUCCACACCAAGCCAGGAAGAAAACCAAUAGAAACCGAACCCAAGUCCAAGAGAACUGCUCAGAACAGAGCCGCUCAGAGGGCCUAUCGUGAAAGAAAGGAGCGCAAAAUGAAGGACUUGGAAGACAAGGUCAAGUCCUUGGAAGAAGACAAUAUCAAGGCUCUCACUGAGUCGGACUUUUUGAAGGCCCAGGUUGACAUGCUCAAGAGUGAGUUGGCAAGAUACAGAGGCAAUGCAGACAUGACCGAUUUGAACUUGCCCAACAAAGUGGGUAAGUUGACUCACCCACAAACAGGCGGCUACCUCCCAUCAUUCAGUUCCCAAACAAGUGUAUCCACAAAAUCCUCAAGUCUCUCGAAUCACAUCCCUUCCGUGUCAUCUGUUGGAUCCGAACCAGCCACCAAACUCAACACCUCUCCUUUUUCGGUCGACUUCCCUUGGUCUAAAGAUAACUUGAAAAAGAACACUACAACUGACAGUAUAAGCAGUCACAACAGCUCCAACAAUAACUUUCAAGUUCCAGAUCUCGUUGGUGGCUCUUCGUCUUCGAGCAGUCCUUUGAAUGAAAACAUCUUGGUCUCCCCAGACUCCUCGGUCUCCUCCACCCACGAAAGCACCAACCUCCAAAUCAAACCAACUACAAAGAACAGCAUUUCUAAUAAUUUCGAAGAGAAAGUGGAUCCUUUCUGUGUGCAAUUAAAUGAAGCUUGUGGAACUAAGCAAUGUCCUAUUCCCAAGUACAAGAGAAACGGAUCUAAGGCUUCAGUCACUUCCAGCACUAAGUACGGUAAAGAUGAUCAAUUCCAACAAUACAAUUCACCAUUCUCCAACUUAGUGACUCCUAACUCUAAUUUUGAAGGCUACCAAGGUGGUCAAGUGAGUAGUCAGUUUGACUAUUUGAGUGAUCCAUUUUUCCUUCCAAACAACAACACUAAUACCACUGAGUUCAACUUCCCAGAAUCUAGCAACGAUGACCCAUUAGCAUUCCUUAACGAUAACAAUUUUGAUGUAUCCUUGGCAUUCGGAAACUCAAACACGAAGAAUGAAGUUAAGAAACCAGAAGUGAAGGAAGUGGACCCAAUAUCGUUCUUAACCACUGAAGAAUCGAUAUAUGAUCCAUUGAAUCAAGGUAAUAAUUUCGACUUGGGUGAUUUUGUCAAGCCAGCCGAAAAUAUUAGUCAAGGCAAAUAUGAUAGUGCGUACACAACUUCAGUGGUGCCGAAUGAUGAGGAAGAUGAAAACGAAGUGGUUCCCGCGCCUGCAGACACAAUGAGAUGUUCCGAAAUAUGGGAUAGAAUCACUGCUCAUCCGAAGUACACCGAAAUCGAUAUCGAUGGAUUGUGUAGUGAGUUAAAGAGUAAAGCCAAGUGUUCCGAAAGAGGUGUGGUUAUAAAUUCUGCAGAUGUGAACCAAUUACUUGAACAAUCUACCAUGUUCAAGCGUUAAUCAAGAAUAGCUACAUCCCCCUUUGAAAAAGUCCCAUGAAAUGAUGAUAUCCCACGUUGCCCCAACCCCUAUGCCGUUACGUUUAUAUAAUAUGUUUGAUCGUGUCGAGGCACGAUCCCAUUUACCUAUAUGACGUCUUGUUUAUAAUUUACCCAUAUAGAAUAAAUGCU